UUAAACACUAACGCUUAUUUUUGAGUCUCCGCUCUCUUAUUGGGGGGUAGAGACAAAAAUUACUCAUAACAACGAAGUUGGAACUAGUGUUAUGCACUUUAACGUUCUGCCAUUAUUAAAUGUAGCUGGCUGGUUCAAUCUGAGACAUCCGACCCUAAGCGAAUUGGCUUUCGUUGUUUAAGUGAGUUUUUAAGCAUAAUAGACGGUGUGAAAAAAGCACAUGCAUAUUAUAGUAUUUUGGCAGACGAAUCUUGUGAUAUCGCAGGCAAGGAGAAACUGUCCAUCGGCGUCAGAUUUUUUGUGAAGAAAGGAUGUUGAUUCGCGAAGAAUUUCUAGGCUUCGUCGAACUAAUUGCCAUGGACGCUAAAUCUAUUGCCUCUGUCAUAGAUAACUUCAUAACGAACGUGGGCCUGGACCCAGAAAAGUGUGUGGGGCAGGGCUAUGACGGGUGCUCCAUAAUGUCGGGUAAAGAUGGUGGCGUUCAAAAGAUACUAAGAGAAAAAUAUAAAAAAACCUUGUUUUUCCAUUGCGCCAGCCACAAAUUAAAUUUGGUCGUUCAUGAUUUAAAUCAAAUCCCCGCAAUACGAAACAUACUUGGCACAAUAAAGGAAAUCUUACAAUAUUUUUGAGAAUCGGCUCAACGCCGUAAGCACGUGCCUAACAUACCGAUGCUAUACGAAACGCGCUGGUCGCAAAAAUAUGUGCAUUGCUAGUUUGGAAAAAAAUCACGAUUUUUUCAGUCAGAAUUUUUUGGAUUUUUAUUGAUUAUUUUGAUUUUUAUUCAGUUUUGCGAUCAUUGCUUUAGUUUUUCUUGGAAAGCAUUUUUAUUUAGGUAGAAUUGAUGUAUAGUGCUGGCAACACCGCAAAAAAGUAAAAUGUUACAUAGACCAAAAAAAUUUUUAGAGGUUAUGUCAUGUCAAGUUAGUUCAAGAUUGUUAUUGUUUUUAUUUAUUCUCGACACUCUUUCUAUUCAAGUAACUAACUUAGUAACUUUCAAAACAUGAGUGCUGUAAGAAAAAAAGACCCUAUUUGGGAUAGAUAUCUCGAAAUUUCCAACGCCCUCGGAGACAAAACUGGGUGCAGGACCCAGUGCAAGAAAUGUGGAAAAGAAAUGAAAGGGUUGGUACAAAGAAUGAAAGAGCAUCAGAAAAACUGUUUAUAUGAACAAGAUCUAACGAAGAAAAUUUACCGUCGACCUCAGGCCAAGGUCAAGGCGCCAAUAGAGGCAGAGGUGCUGAGGAUCCGGAAGCACUUCUUACGGUCAGAGCCGCCCGACAAGUUUCGCAAAGACAUUUUGCGAACUUGUCGGCGGCCGACAAAAAGGAGCUGCAGCGGGUGCUCCUUCCCGACGCGCCUCCGCGCAAGCGACGUACUUUUUAAAAAUGCUUCUCCUGAGAGGGAGCUGCCGGAAGUAGUGGAUCCACUACAGCCAUCUACUUCGUGGCAACCUACGCCGCCUCUACAAGUGCCGGCUGACGUCGAGUUUGUUAACGAGGAGAUCGGAGACAGUUCCAGGGACCCGACGCCGCCUCUACAAGUGCCGGCUGACGUCGUGUUUGUUAACAACGAGGAGAUUGGCGACAGGUCCAGGGACCCGACGCCGCCUCUACAAGUGCCGGCUGACGUCGAGUUUGUUAACAACGAGGAGAUCGGAGACAGCGACGCGUCCGUUGGUACGGCAGAGGCGGACACGGUACCCAACUCGCUCAGUUCUCUAGACUCAUUGGUUUUCCGCCGGUCAACCACUGAAAACUGGGCGAAUGUAUGCCGUACGCCCCGAAAAAGAGAGUAUUUUAACAAGGAGAUCACAGACUCUGAUGCUUCUUCUUCUUCGAAAAAAUUUAAUUUGUCUUACUUAAGAAUUAAUUCAGCAAAAUAUACCUUUAUGUUUAUUAUACUUAAUACUUGCUAUGCCCUUACAGGGUGCAUGUGAUGUACUACCUUACCUUUUACCAACUGUCAAACCACACAUGUAAUGCAAUAAAUGAUUUGAUUUGAUUUGAAUGACACUGCUAACGACCAGGCUCUACAAAAUCUUUUACCUGACGAAGACUGUUUCACUUUUAAUUGGAAUAAGGACAGGACGACGUUCAAAAGUCGACGGGAGCCAUUUACUGGCACACCUGGAC